AUGGGGGCUCGUGCUGUUUCGCCCGGAGGGGCUUUAUUGAGAACAUCGCGCAUGUUCUCAGUACCAAAACCCCUUCCUGAGCCUCCGUCUACCAGCCUUCACAUUGGAGAUCAUAAAUCAGCGACUAUGACGAGACAAUACCCUCAGCAUCAGUCAAUCACGACUCCCCUCUCAUCACGCGAGAAGGGUGACUGGGGCUACAAGAGACCAUUCCCCUUAAAAUCCACAAUGACGACGUCGACGCCCCUGAUCCGAGUUAAAAAGGUCGAUUCUGUCGAGAAUGUUACCGAUUUCGCGUCAGCUGCGGACCAUUCACUGUCAUUGGAGAAGUUCCAGGAGCUGCAUGUUGCCAUGUCGGUCCCGCGAGGAAAGAUGUCAGGUGAAGCAAGGUCAGCCUCCUUGUGGCCCAAGUCCGUUUUCGAGGAAGAACUUGACCCUACCGAAUCUCAAUCUGGACGGAGCGAUGGCAAGCGAUGGAAAUUUCGAGGCCCAUGGCUUGCCAGGAUGGGUGAAGGCGAAUUCGUUCGAUACUUGAAGAAAACGGUCCACCCGAAACGUGCCCAAUUUCGAGCCCUUUUGAAGCGCAAACUUGCUGAGGACAUCACCACGAGCCAGAAUAAUCUUGCCAUGGAGAAGGGUACGCCCGCACCUCCCAAGGCUGAACCCCGUGACAUUACGGAGGCACACUUUUCAGAGUACUUGCGAACUUUGCGCAAUGACCGCACAACAUUGUACGGUUUGGUCUCCGAGUUUCUGGAUUUAGCGCCGCUGGCUGUACCUAUCGGACUCUUACAGAGCAUACAUCCGCCACUGGAGUCUAAAAGCCUUUACGGCAACUCAGGUCCGCCACCAAGUCAUCCCUCCGCUGGCAUUAGCUACCUGCGAACCAACUCCUUCAUGGAGAAUCACCCCGUCUAUGGACCCCAAGCGCGACGCACACCUGCUCUCGCCAGAGUGGUGUACCCACGCGCCGGGCACAAACCUGCCAAACUUGGUGUUGGCGGCUUUGUAGCAGAUGUUCCACUUGGGGAUAACGAAUUCAAUAUCCGCUUCGGCCUAGGUAGAACCCAGGCCAACAAGAUGCUCAACGGCAUCGCUCACCUUGACACUACUACAUAUGGUGGCGCCAAGGCUUAUAUCGAGCCCAAAACUGCUACUGUAGAUCCCAGCGGAAAAGUCGUUUUGCAACUUCGCGAAACCCAUCCUGAGGCUCAAGUCAUUGCGAAAGAGAGUAAAGGCCAGUCACACAUUUAUCACGAUGCAGAAACCAAGGCAAAGCAGGCGACGCAACUCCAGGGAGACAAGAGUCCGGACCGAAGAAUUGAAAGAAUCACGAAUGAGAUACUGAAUGACGACUCUUGA